AUGGAUGUUGGAAAAUAUUGUGGAUCUCCAGGUUUUAUGGCUCCUGAAGUAAUCCUUUGUGAAAAUAAUCAAACAUUAACCUAUAAUGAGAAAUGUGAUAUAUUUAGUUUAGGAUGCAUAUUAUAUAGAUUGUAAUUUAGUUCAUAUAUAUUGUAGAAUCACAAAUAAAUCAUUAUUUAAUGGAUAAAAUUCAUUAGCAAUGAAAUAAUAGAAUUUAGAAUGCCAUUUAGAUUGGAUAUAGAUUCAAGAAGAACUAUAUUAAAAUAAAGCAUUGACAAACUUAUUAAAUAAAUUAUUAUCAAUAGAUCCUAAAUAGAGACCUUCAUGUGAAGAAAUAUUAAAUAGCAAGAUCUUACAUGUUCAAUUAGAUAAUGUUGGUUGUCCAUUAUUUAUAAAUUAUAAGAAACCUAAAUCUACUUCAAUUUAAUAAAUUAAAACUCCUAGACCAUCAAUCAAAUCUGUAAGUAAUUGUAAAUUACCAUAAUUAUCACCAAAUCAUGUAAAAAUUAAUAAUCAUAACAACAAUAAUAAUAACAAAAAAUAAGGUAAUUUUUUAUUACCUCCUAUAAAUACUAGAAUAAAAACUGAAUAAUAUUGA